CAACAGUAGGGAAAAUACAUCAUGCCACAGAUUCUGCCUGUAGAUCAAAUACAGCUAUCUGAACUGGACAAAAGGACUGGAAAAACCAAACAAUUACCGGCAUUGCACUACGCCGCCUUCAAUUUUCAGUUGCCUUUGAAGUGAUUGAAUACCUCUACUGCACAUGAAUUCCUACCCAUGGUGCACAACAGCAUUCAAUAGAAGUAACAGUUCUCAGGACGUAGAAGAGAAAAAGGAUGUCUUCAUGCGCUCUGUGAGCGUAACUGUGUGGCCCAUGAAGACAAAGUUUGGUCAACCCUACUGUAAUUUAAAAUGCCCCCAGAAACCCAGACAAUGUUACAUUCUACAACAUUUGGUGCAUCCAAGCAGGAAAGAAGAUCGUUACUUUGUGUUAUACAAGCCCCCACCUCAAGAUGGCACACUAGUUCUGGUGGAAGAAUUUCUGGAGCGUGCAAAUUUCAUUGCUGGUGAUCUGGAUUGGUUGCUAGCCCUUCCUCACGAUAAAUUUUGGUGUCAGGUUAUUUUUGAUGAAACUCUGCAGAAAUGCUUGGACUCUUUCUUGCGUUAUACACCUCGGCAGUAUGAUGAAUUGGUGAAUCCAAACCCAGCCAUAGCAGAAAUGCAAAACCGUCUCCAUCACAGUGUUUUUAUGAUCUAUCUGAGGAUGUCCACCCACAAGGAGUCCAAAGAGCACUUUAUUACACCUGAAGCUUUUGGAGAAAUAAUCUAUGAUGGCUUUCUCUUUGACAUCCCAAAGAUCUUUGACUUGUGUGUAAUAUUUGGAAAAGGAAAUGCUGCUCUCCUUAAGAAGAUGAUUGGAAACAUUUUCAAUCAGCAACCAAAUUACUUUAAUGAUCUGAAUGAAACAGUGCCCACAAUCCUUCAGGUAUGUGGUAGUAUUUGUGAGAAGUGUGGCUUAAGAUUAGAAAAUCAUUCCCAUGGACCUCAGAAGAUUGAUGCUCAAACCAAAGUUUCCCUCAUGGAUAUGCCUCUACAGGAAUUUAAGGAUAUUUUGCUGUAUCUGUGCGAUACCUGUACGACGCUGUUUGCAUUCUUGGAUAUUUUUCCUGAAGCUAGUAGGACGAUACAAAAGCAUGACUUUAUUCAUAGAUUGGCCUCAUUUUAUGAAGUAAUUGUUCCUGAACUAGAAGAUACAAUCAAAAAGAGACGAUUUGAUGAAACCAGUUUGCAGAACGACUUGUGGAAGAGACUCUCGCACUCUAGGAAAAAAAUGAUUGAAACUUUUCAUAUCAUCAUUAACUAUAUGUGUCUUCAGCCUAUACUAGAAAAUGGAUUUGAACAUAUUCUGACUUUUAUAGAAGAUUUCCUUCAGAUCUUUACAGCUCUGCUACACCAGAAGAGAUUCCUGACAGACUAUGAUGAGCAGUUUCCGGUGGCUGAUGAUAUCAGCCUUCUACAACAGGCAUUUCCUGCACUUGAUGAAACUAGAACCUCUUACAUCAUCAAAGCUGUUGACAGUGCCUGGGAAGCUACUGGCAGGAAUAAAGCUACUUUUGCCACAGGAAAUGCUGGCAUUUCACAAGCUUUUGAUACCAGUCAAGUUUCAGCUGUAAAUGGUGAAACAGAGCAAGAACUUAAACAACCAGAAUAUGAAAAUGAUGAUUAUUGUGCAGGUGCAACGGCUGCCAAAAUAACAGGAGUCGAGUUGGAAUCUUUAAUUUCUCAGGUGAAGGACAUUCUGCCACAUCUUGGGGAAGGCUUCAUUCUUGAAUGCCUGGAAGAAUAUAAUUAUGAUGCAGAAAAAGUAAUUAACAAUAUCCUUGAAGAUAAAAUAUUGCCUUCCCUUUGCAAACUAGACAGAACUCUUCAGAGGCAGGUGGAAAAGGACCAGGAAUCAAUUCUGUCAACAAGAGUAAAUAUUUUUGACCAUGAUGAGUUUGACGUUUUCAGCAGAAAUUCUGUGGACAUGUCCAAAAUCUGGAAAGGCAAGAAAAAAGGGAAAGAAGGAGUAACGCUGCUAGAUGAUAAGACACACAUUGCACAGCAGAAGGAAAGGUAUAAUGCCUACAGUAUAGUAGUAGAGAAAGUGCCAGUAGAAGAUGGAGAACAAUUUUAUGCUGGUGACUAUGAUGAUGAAUAUGAUGACACAUAUGAUGGUAACCAAGUAGGAGCAAAUGACGUGGAUUCGGAUGAUGAACUGAUCAGUAGAAGACCAUUUACAAUCCCUCGUAUUCUGAGACAAAAAGAGGAGGAUGAGGAAGAUGAUGAUGAUGAAUCUGGAGACGAAGCACCAAAGGAGGAAGGCCCAAAGAGGGACCUGUUUGUACAGGAUCCAGCAUUGCUAAGGGAAAGGGCAGAGGCAAGACGUGCUACCUUCAAUGCCAGAAGAGGAUUCAAACAUGACAAUACUGCUUCUUUAGGGAAUACUAAAGGCCAGGGACAAACAAAAGAAACCCUAAUGGAGAGAAGAAAGAAAGAGGCCAAUAAAUCCCUUCGAGCUAAUCAUAAUCGUCGAUCACUUGCAGAUAGGAAGCGGAAUAAAGGAAUGAUUCCAUCAUGAAUUUUUUUUAAACGUUUUUCCCUUCACCACCUUGGAAUUAGUUCACAAACUUGCUUGCCACCAGUGGCCACUUUUUAGCUAAUAAAUUGGGCUCUCAUUUUCCAAGAUUUUCUUUCUCAAGCAAUAAUAGCGGAACAUAUUGCACAGCAAGGCUUGUAUUCAUUUUUCUCCUCAGGACAAAGUGUUCAAUCUCUGAAGUAUUUUGCCUCAUAAUCUCAGUCAUGUCAACUGACAAAUUUAUCUUCUAUGGGGUUGCAGUUUGAGUGACAGUCAAAACUAGAAUCAAAUGAACAGUAAUACAGUAAGAAUAUCAGCUAUUGCAUUACUGAGGUAAUUUUUUUGUAUAUUUACUGAUACUUAAAAGGAGUUGCUUAAUGUUACAAUGUUUUCUCCUUAUUUGGCUGUGUUUGUUGGAGGCUAUCUGUAAUUGAUAAAACCCAAAUCUAUAUUUAACACCCCUGACCAUUAUUGCCAGACCACUGUAAAAUCUAGCAGUUGAAUCAAUGGAAACUUUAUUUUAAACAAAAAAAUUUGGAAUUGGAAUUCUUUGGGUUUAUUUAAUAUCAUACAGCACUUCACAGCCCAAAAAUGUUUCCUUACAUCCUGCUUUCGGAUAUUUCAUUGGUGUUGGAUAUUGAAUCGGCAUUGUUAGACUUUGGUCAGGCUGGGUAUCUGGCCUACGGAAUUUUUUUUAAUGCCUUCCGUAAUGACAAGGCUUAGGGGAGAUACAAUAGGUGCAGAUUUGCACCCUACAGAUACAUGGCCGAGUACGUUUGCACAUCAAUGACUGUACUGAAAACAAGAUGGGGAUGUUGAAGCAAGAAUGAACUGAGAGUUGAAAUAGAUUUUCUCUUCAUUUGUGGGGUUAGUUUCAGCAAGCAGACUGUGGAUAAUAUGGAAAGUUCAUAAUUCUUAACUUUUGCCAUCAAUGCCACAUCAGCAUCAGGCACGCUCACAAUUACUCAGUGCACUAUUGCUUGUUUUGCACAAUCUGAUUCCUUUGCUGUGGUUUGGAAUUACCAUGGAUAUUUAUAAAAUCCACUCAUAAUUAAGACCAAUUCGAGUACAAUAAUUGAAAAUAUCUAAUAUAAAUGCUCUCAACAAUAAUUUUCAAAUAAAGAAUGAGCCAUCAA